GGCGUUCUUGUCCCUCAUUGUCGGUCUGUUUGUUCCACGCAUCACUACAGUUUUUGGGCUUGUUGGCUCCCUCUGCGGCGGCUCCAUCGGCUACGUAUUCCCCGCACUCAUGUUCAUGUACUGCGGCAACUUCAAUGCCCGCUCCGUCGGAUGGGGGCACUUCAUUGGGGCGUAUGUGUUGCUGAUUGUUGGUGUUAUUGCCAUCGUCUUUGGGACCGCCGCCGCCAUUUACUCGGAGCUGCAAAAUGAAUAA